AUGCCUCGACUCGUGCGACGCAGACCGCUCUGGGAGCGCAUCACCUCGAUGCUCAACCCGAUGGACUUUCUGCUGUGGCUGUCCGAAGAAAUGGAGACUAGAGACUGGGACUCGAAUCUGGUCGGCACGCAAAUCGGCCUGGGUUUCAACUUUGUUUUCCUCCUGGCGCGCGCAAACUCAGGCCGGACCGCCGCUCGCGACGAUAUCUUUGCUGAAGACGGCGGUCCGGGUUGGGUGUCGUUUCUGGUGUAUCCCUUGGUCUGGGGCCUCGUUCUCGUCUCCCUUUCCAACGCCAUCUACACGAUGUGUCGAACGAGAAAAUACAGGAUGUUCGAGGCAAACAUUGACGUUCAGCCGUCAACACCAUCCGCGCAUCGCGUCAAAGUCCAAUCGUCGCCCGUCUCCGCAUCGCCUCUGCGAUACAUUGCCGACAUGCUGACGCCCGAGUCGGCGGAGUCGCGCGCACAUCCUGAUAAGAUCCGGGACGUGUGGGAGCUCUCCGUUUGGGACCCUCUACCCGUGUCCAUCAGGCUGUUCUGCUUCUUCAGCCCGGGCCACGUCCUCGUCUAUCUCCUCUUCCUCCCGCUCGCGCCUCUGGACCCCCGACCUAGCGUUACGGUGUUCAAUGCGCUGGUGAUGCAGGCUGUCCUGUCGGCGCAGCUCCUCCUCUUCUCGUCACGCUACACCCAACAGGCCAAGGACAGCGCCAUCAUCCAGAAGGAGGUCAUGCACGAGUACGACACCAAAUUUGUGCAUCCUCGGAUUCACCCCGUCGUCAGAGACGUGGGCACCCAAAUGUCAGACGAUCAGCCCGUAACGGCACGAGAUUUUGUGCAGACGGGCACGCCAACGACACUCAUCAGGCGCAGUUUCGUGGCGCGUCACAACCCGCACGGUGACUCUCCAGACGCUACCCCUUCUGCGGGCAGCAACAACGUCAUGAGCCCGCAGAUGUUCACCCCUCCCACAGCCACGCGCCGGGUGGAAAUGCUCAACCCCAGCAUCAAUCAGAGCGUAACGCGCAGGAGUCCGGCAAUGAGGAGCAGCCUGCCUGCUGGGUAUACCCCUGCGGCGGCACAAACCAGCACCAGCGUGCCACUGUCAACAGCAAGCAGCCACAACUUUGGCGGAAGCAUGGGCAUUUACUCGCACAAUCGAUCUCCGCUCAAGAAAGCCAUAAGCUUGGGCGACAUCAAUAAGGUUGACCAACCCUCGCCAAGAAAUUCGAGAGAGAUGGCAGCGUACGAGCAACGCAACUGGGAACCCCCCAGCAGCCCGACUAAGCAAUCCGACCUUCGAAAGUCGUAUAGUGCCAACCUGAACAGCUCACCGCACCCAUUUGCCAACAUGGGCAAGCACAGGCCUGGAUAUGAGAGGUUCCCAUCACGACGAUAG